CCCUGAUUGCAGCAGUGCUGGUGGUCCUCUGGUCACACGGCUCGGUGUCUCGCCGCACUCGGCCCACCCUGCCUGGUUGGCAGCCAUUUUUUGGCUCCAGCGGCAGGCGCACCGCAGGGGGGGGGGUCCAGCGGGCGAGCCGCCGCGCGGCCUCGGGCCCUGUUCCUCCGAGGCCAUGGGCGCGGUGCCGACUGUUGCCGCCCUUCUCCCGGCUGCAGCCGCAGCCGUCCCCUGGGAGGAGGUCUCGCCGACAGCAUUGCCGUCGGCCGUCGGCUCGUGGAGCGACUCGCCUUCUUCGUCGGAGGUCCCAGUCCCAGGCACCUGGAGGUGGUGCAACAUUGUUUUCCUUGUCGGCGCGCAUGUUGCUUUCUUCAAGGGCGCGUGCUGGUUUUUUGCGAGGCUCCUUUACCGCGACUACGAGGUCAAGCACCGGUACAUACAGGCGCUGUUUGCGGCGACAUUCGCGGCGUCGCUCGCUCUGUUCGUGCUGUUGCUGUCCACCAUGGCGGGCGCCCUCGACCCAGAGGUGCGGGCUAGUGCAUGGGAGAUGGACCAUUGGGUCCUCAUAGCGCUGGCAUACGUGAUCUUGCCAGCCUGUUUCGUGGAGACCACGGUGCGCUCCAUGUUUGGAGGUUCGCGACGAGUGGCGUGCCUCUGCGCUGCAGCCGCGCUGCCGCCGUUCUGGUAUACGAUCUACGUGUCCGGCACGAUGAUACACAUCGAGUCCACACAGCUUUCGGCCGACGUGUUGAUGGCAAGAAUAGGCAUUCUCGGCGUGUCCGUGGUGGCAAUGCUCGCCGGCUUCGGAGCCGUCAAUUUCCCGUACAGCAGCAUGCACUCCUUCCUGCGGCCCGUCACACAGCAGCAGGUGGCGGACGUGGAGCAGAGGCUCCUCCGCACCAUGAAGCUCAUAGCCGCCAAGAAGCGGCAGGAGUUGACCUUGCAGCAGGAGGAGGCCCGCCUGAAGGUGGAGAUGGCCUCCAGGCUUGGUCGUUGACAGAUAGCCCCCUUGACAAGUCAAAUGAGGAAAUCUGUACGGGCUCACUCGACCUUGGCAUUCGCAGCUGGCGGCGGAGGGACGGAGGGGGCUUUCGCCCACGGGCGUUCUCAGGAGGAGGAAGGAUGAGAGGCCUUCAGCUGCGAGCUCUUCACGGAGCUGGACGAACUCAUCCGCGAGCGCCUGCGAGAGCUGCAGGCGCGCACGCGGGUCGGCAAGGUUAUGAAUGUUUUGGGCACCCUGUGCUCGACCCUGUGCGUGUACAAGGUCACGAUGGCGAGCUUCAACCUUCUGCUGAGGAAGGGCAACGCGCAGGCCGACGAUCCCGCCACGCGCCUGCUCAGCGUGCUCCUGGUCCACCUCCGCGUGCCGCUGGACAUCUCUUACUGGGUGCCGGUUCUCUCACUGGUUUUUGUAGGCUACCUAAGCUUCAUGAACCUCAACCAGUUCAUUCGCAGGCUCUUGGCCGUCUUCCGGAUGGUGUCCACAUCGGUCACCUCGAACGCGUUGGCGCUCUUGCUGUCCGAGGUCAUGGCGAUGUACUUCGCGGCUUGCAUGCUCCUCACGCUCAGGUUCGUGCCCAAGAGCGACAGGGCCAACCUCCUGGCCCUGGUCGGGGAGGUGGACCUCUCGUUCGUCCACCUGCACUUCGACUACGUGUUCCUGGUCUCCUCGCUGUGCUCGGCGGCCGCCUUCGGGCUCAGCUCGGUGCUGCGAG